AAUACCGACUACUUACUUACAUACAUCUCUAACUGCGGGUCUCUUCUCUGGACGCUUCUGUACUGCAGUGCAGGACCGGACUGCUGAUGGCAGCAGUAAACGUUGACGAUAAUGUGUACCGGGAGGCGGAAUUACACGCUGUGCCCCCUGCUGACCAUGACGGUGAAGUGCAGCCUCCCGGACCGGAUGGUAACAUCCAGGGUCAGGUCGAGGAGUUUCUGGGGCCUCAUCCAGACUACGAUGAGGAAGAGGAGGAAAGGAAGUAUUACAGGAGGAAGAAGCUUGGUGUGGUGAAGAACGUGCUGGGCGCCAGCUUUGGUGGCAUGAUCGUCUACAGCGUGUACAUGGGUCUGCUGCAGAUGCAGUUGAUCCUGCACUACGACGAAACUUACCGGGAGGUGAAAUACGGCAGUUUGGGCCUGGAGGACAUCGACAGCAAGAUGCUGAUGGGCAUUAACGUCACUCCUAUCGUAGGCCUGCUCUACACACCAGUGCUCAUCCGGUUUCUAGGCACUAAAUGGAUGAUGUUUCUUGCGUCUGGAAUCUACGCUCUUUUUGUCUCGACCAAUUACUGGGAGCGCUACUACACCCUCGUACCGUCAGCAGUAGCCAUCGGUGUUGCUAUAGUGCCUCUGUGGGCCUCGUUGGGGAACUACAUCACGAGAAUGGCACAGCAGUACUACGAGUACGUGAACUACAAGGAAGAACACGUGCAGGAGCAGAAAAAGGUUCCGAAGGGAGCCUGCCAUCGUUACGUCAUCGUGUUUCAGUCGGUCUUCUACAUCAUCUUCCAUCUGAGCUUUGUGUUUGCAGAGUUCCCUAUGGUCUUCUUCCUCAACAGCUUUCUUAACGAUGACAAACACACGCUCUAUGGCGUCCAACACUGUGGAGCGAAUAGCAGCAAGGUGAUUGAUGGCCUCAAUAAGACGGUCCUGCACAAUUUACCUCGUUCCUUGGCGCUCAUCGAGGUAGAGAGCGUCUUAAUGGGAGCUGCCUUCAUCGCCAUGAUCAUAUUCCUGGCCGUGUGUGGUGCUGCGUAUCGGCCCACGGAGGAGAUCGACCUGCGGAGCAUCGGCUGGGGCAACAUCUUCCAGCUGCCCUUCAAACACCUGCGUGAUUACCGCCUGCGCCUGCUCUGUCCUUUCUUCAUCUACUCCGGCUUUGAGGUGCUCUUUGCCAUCAAAGAACUCAUACUGUCUUACGGUGUUUGUACGGUGGGCUUGACCAAGCUGUGGUUGCUGGUGAUGGUUUACGGACUGUCGUCGUCCGUGUGUUCGUCCUUUUCGCUGGCCCUCCUCCUGCAGCGCUUGCCUCGCUCCGUGAUGCUGCUGGGAGGCGCGGCGGUUCACUUUGUUGUUCUCGUGGCUCUAAUGUGCUGGUCUCCGAGUCCAAGGAGCUUUGACCUGUUGCCUCAGGUCCUGGUGCUGGUGGCACUGUGGGGCCUGGGCACCGCGCUCAACAAGACCGGACUGAGCACUCUGCUUGGCAUGCUUUAUGAGGACAAAGAGCGCUUAGACUUUGUCUAUACCAUCUACCACUGGUGGCAGGCCAUUGCCAUCUUCAUCGUGUACCUCUGGUCCUCCCUGCCUAUGAGGGCCAAACUGGCCAUUGUGUUGGUCACUCUGCUGGUCGCAGUUUUCUGUUAUGUGCAGAUGGAGCGUCGUUUAGCCAAGAAGAUUCCUUACAGGCAGCCGCGGAUUCCCCGUCCACGUCAUAAGGUUAAAGGCUAUCGGUACAUCGAAGAGGAAAACUCGGACGAGUCUGAUUCGGAUAUGAGCGACGUACUGAUGGAGGAGGAGGAAGAAGAAGAUGCCAGGCAGAGUGAGGAUGAGAUUGUUGGGCACGCUGGCUCCGAGGGCUCCGACUCGCCUGGUCCGAUGCAGGACCGGGACCGGGUCCAUGGUCGCCGGCGGAGACGGGAGGAUGCUGCCUAUGAGCAGGCGGGAGAAAGGGAGGAGUACGCUCACGCCAUAUAACCUGUGUCAGUAACAUUAAAGUCAUGUGGUGCCAGAUAUGAUUCUGUAAUGAGGACGCACAUCUGGAGAACAUCUUCUUAAAACCUGUAGUGAAGUGACCGCGAGAACAGGCCACACACUUCAGUUCACUGGCUAAUUCUUGGCAAGAUUUCUUUCUCCUCCAAACAUCUUUCCACUGUUUCAAGAGCCACCCAAGGAGGACGGGGGUCCCUGCUGAGUCUGGUUACUCUCGAGGUUUCUUCCUGUAAUUUUAAGGGAGUUUUUCCUUGCCACUGUUGCCCUCGGCUUGCUCAAUAGGGUUUUUGGUCUGUUGGUCCUGGAUUCUGUAAAGUUACUUUAAGACAAUGUCUAACGUAAAAAGCACUAUAUUAUAAUUUGACUUGACUUGACUUUAACAAAUGCCCUAUUUAUAUGGGCAUAUAUAUGUCACAAGCUACAGUUAAUCAUGAUUUCAAUCUAAUUUCAUAAUGAAAUUAGGAAGGCAAUGUCACAGAGGUAAAUAACAUUAUAGAACAUUUACACUGCCGAAUUAGCAAAAACACGUGUCAAACUCAAGGCCCUCGAGAGCUUAAAAGAUGUGUGAUUGUCUUAAAAUACACUGUAAAAUCAUACAUAAACUGCAUCUCCUACAAUGCAUGCCGAUUUUGUGACCCGCAAAGUGACCACAUCCCGCCACUAGAUGGAAGCGUUUCCACAUCAGCGUUUAAUCGAGGCGGUUUUCCAAGAAGUGAUGUUGAGAAAUAUUUACAUCUGUGCACUACAUAAUGUCCUCUAUACCCUAAGUAGUGCACUAUGUAGAUAACGUGAUGUCAUUUAGAAUAAUGAUAAUUUAAUCCAGGAUUUAACAGUUUACAGUGAAUAUUUUUUUCUAUUUUGAUCAAAUUGAAGCUUCUGUGCAGAAAUGUAAAUGCUUUUUACAGGCUAUAAGCUAUUUUUUGUUUGUUUUAAUGGAAUGUAGGGACUCACGGUACACAGUACACUUUAAUCAUUACGCUCAGUCAAACUCAACCAGUGUCCAUCUCAAUUUAAGGAUAAUUUAGAGCAGAUGUACACCGAUCAGGCAUAACAUUAAAACCACCACCGCAGGUAUUAUUUGGGUGGUGGAU